ACCCUGAGCAGCUGUUGGAGCCCAAGCUGGACUCCAACAGCUGAGCCGGUUUGCCUUAAAACCCAGAAAAAUGGAAGUCGGGUAGCGGUGACGGCCAUGGCUGCGGGCUAGCGGAGCUGCGAGGCGACGCGGCAGGCUUCUCUGAGGCUGUGGUCUCAUAUCUUUUCCUGAGGCAAAAUGGACUAUUUCCAUCAGAGUGGAAGCAGGGCUGACCCCAAUGCCUGACUGCCAGUCACCUUGAAACUUGCCUGGUCUGAAAAGUAGAAGUGACAAUUGAAGAGAUUCUCCUGGAUAAGCCUGGCGCAUGGAAAGAAGAAAGAAGGCCAUUUCCUAAUUGGCCCCUUACACAUCAGAUGGAUGGUUUCCAGCCUGCUUCCCAACCCCACCUCGGCUGAGGGCUGGACAGUACUUCUACAUGAUCAUAUGACGCUUGAUAUGGACGCAGUCCUGUCAGACUUUGUUCGAUCCACAGGGGCAGAACCUGGUCUGGCUAGAGACCUGCUGGAAGGCAAAAACUGGGACCUGACUGCUGCUCUGAGUGACUAUGAGCAACUCCGACAGGUGCACACAACCAACCUGCCACAUGUGUUCAAUGAGGGAAGGUGCUCCAAGAAGCCCGAGCGAAACCUGCCACCACACAGGCACAAAGUGGAACGGCCCUGCCCUCAGAAACAGGAUGAUGUUGCUCAAGAAAAGCGGCUUUCCCGUGGCAUCUCCCAUGCCAGUUCAGCUAUCGUCUCAUUGGCGCGGUCUCACAUGGCAAGUGAAUGCAACAAUGAGCAGUUCCCCUUGGAGAUGCCAAUUUAUACAUUCCAGUUGCCGGAUCUUAGCGUGUACAGUGAAGACUUCAGGAGCUUCAUCGAGCGGGACUUGAUUGAGCAGGCGACCAUGGUUGCUUUGGAGCAGGCAGGUCGCCUGAAUUGGUGGUCCACAGCGUGCACAAGCUGUAAACGUCUUCUUCCUUUGGCCACAACAGGGGAUGGGAACUGCCUUUUACAUGCCGCCUCACUGGGAAUGUGGGGGUUUCAUGACCGGGACCUGGUCUUACGGAAGGCUCUUUACACAAUGAUGAGAACAGGGGCAGAGAGGGAAGCUCUGAAGAGGAGAUGGCGGUGGCAGCAGACUCAGCAGAACAAGGAGUCAGGGCUGGUGUACACAGAGGAAGAAUGGGAGCGAGAGUGGACAGAGCUGCUGAAGUUGGCAUCCAGUGAGCCAAGAACACACUGCAGCAAGAAUGGCGGCUCAGGCGGAGGUGUGGACAACUCAGAAGAUCCUGUCUACGAGAGUCUAGAAGAGUUUCAUGUUUUUGUCCUGGCCCAUAUAUUAAGAAGACCAAUUGUUGUUGUGGCAGAUACAAUGCUAAGAGAUUCAGGUGGGGAAGCUUUUGCCCCAAUCCCAUUUGGAGGGAUUUACCUGCCCUUGGAGGUUCUUCCCAACAGAUGUCACUGCUCGCCUCUGGUCCUAGCCUAUGAUCAAGCUCACUUCUCUGCCCUCGUGUCCAUGGAGCAGAGAGACCAGCAAAGAGAACAAGCUGUAAUCCCUCUGACAGACUCGGAACACAAGCUGCUGCCUCUGCACUUUGCAGUGGAUCCAGGAAAGGACUGGGAGUGGGGGAAAGAUGACAACGACAAUGCCCGUCUGGCCCAACUGAUCCUGUCACUGGAAGCCAAGCUGAACCUUUUGCACAGUUACAUGAAUGUGACAUGGAUCCGGAUCCCCUCCGAAACCCGGGCUCCUCUGGCACAGCCCGAAUCCCCCACGGCCUCAGCAGGCGAGGACGUGCAGUCUCUGGCCGACUCACUGGACUCCGACCGAGAUUCUGUGUGCAGCAACUCCAACAGCAAUAAUGGGAAGAACGGCAAGGACAAAGAGAAGGAGAAGCAGCGCAAGGAGAAGGAGAAGACGCGCGCGGACUCCGUAGCCAACAAGCUGGGUAGCUUCAGCAAGACACUGGGCAUCAAGUUGAAAAAAAACAUGGGCGGCCUGGGCGGCCUGGUGCACGGCAAGAUGGGCCGCGCCAACUCCACCAAUGGCAAGCACACGGACGCGCCUGACCGUGGCAAGGAGAAGAAGACCAAAUCGCGAAAGGGCAGCAAGGAGGAGGCAGGCACGGCGGCCAGCACGUCGCCGCAGGAAAAAAGCCUGCCCUCGCCCACGGACAAGGCGGCAGGCACACCUGCGGCCGACCGCAGCGGAGGGCCCCGCGGCGACGUCUGGAAGUACAGCACCGACGUGAAGCUGAGCCUCAACAUCCUGCGGGCCGCCAUGCAGGGCGAGCGCAAGUUCAUCUUCGCGGGCCUGCUGCUCACCAGCCACCGGCACCAGUUCCACGAGGAGAUGAUCGGCUACUACCUGACGAGCGCGCAGGAGCGCUUCAGCGCCGAGCAGGAGCAGCGGCGCAAGGACGCCUCCUCCGGAGCCAAGCGCCCUGACCACACUGGUUACAAUAAUCAUUAUCUCUUCGCGGCCGCCGUGGGCGCCGAGCACAAGUCGCACACGUACCCCGACGGCUUCGGCGCAGCCCGCGACUGCUUGGAAUACGCCGACGCCGACGCCCCGGCCGCAGCCUGGUCCGACGGUGCGGGCGGCCGCGCGGGGCCCGACCCGGCGCAGCGGCGCUGCCUGCGGGAAAACUGCGCCUUCUACGGCCGCGCAGAGACGGAGCACUACUGCUCCUACUGCUACCGCGAGGAGCUGCGGCGGCGGCGGGAGGCCCGCGAGCCCCGCUCCUGA